AUGGAGAAAAUAGAUGAAUCAGGUGAUAAAUGCACUAUUAAUGAGCUAUUCAAGUGUUUACCUUUGAUUGAACGUCUGACUAUGUCGGGUGUUGUCUCUAAGUGGCUAGUUCUAGACUCGGUUGCGCAAGAGCUUCCAACCUCACUAAUCCAUCUCAAAUCCUUAUGUUUGAAUCAAUCGUGUCUUUCUGGGGCCUACGGAUCAGCUUUACUUCUUGCUUUGAUCAAAUGCUCCCCGAACUUGGAGCAUGCGUACCUAGAGAUGAAGUGCGAUUUGGACUUCUCCGCCAUAAAAGAUGAAUAUUCAGACGUUUGGUUGGAGCAUCUGAAUAAAUUGAGAAUUUGUUUUUUCCGCAACUCGCUUGAGACGGAGUUUGUAAAGUUUAUGUUUGCUAGGUCACCUAAGCUGAAGAAUGUGAGCAUAUUCGUUGCGGUUGAUCGGACGCAAGAUCAGUCUAAGAUGUUAGAAACGCUCUUCCGGACCCCACGUGCGUCUUCGGCAGUUAAAAUUACCAUUUGGACAGUCUAA